AUGGUUCUCGUGAAGCGAACAGGCGGCGUCCAAGCGUCCGCCCUGUGUCAAAACACGGUUGGAGUGAACAGUCGGCAAGUUAUGCGGUGUGGUUGCAUCACGGUGGUGGCUUUUUCCUUCUGCCUAGUCGUCGCCACGGCGCAGCCAAUGGCUGCCGGCAUGGGACCGCUUAAGUCGGAACCGCCUGGUAGCUUGGGAACAAAGCCAAAGCCAGCUGGCACUGAGAUACACUGCACCUUCAGACUGUGUCCAAAGGCCAAGUCUGAUGUGAUCAACAUCCACUUCGUGCCACAUUCCCACAUGGACAUCGCCUCUCACAGGACCUUCGAAGCCAACUUGAGAAAGGUGACGUCCAUCCUGAACUCGGUGAGCGGCGAGCUGCUGAAGAACAAGAAGCGCAUGUUCAGCGUGACCGAGGUGGCCUUCCUCAAGAAGUGGUACGAGUCCAGCAGCGAGGUGUUCAGGAUCAUCUUUAGGAAAUUCAUCGCAGAAGGCCGUGUGGAGUUGGUGAACGGCGGCAUGGUGAUGAACGACGAGGCGACCACGCACUACUCGGACAUUGUGGACCAGAUGACGCUGGGCAUGCGCUGGAUCAACGCCACGUUCGGCGCAUGCGCGCUUCCGCGCGCCGUCUGGCAGCUGGACCCUUACGGCCAUUCGAGGGAGCAGGCAGCUCUCUUCGCACAAGUGAGACACUUCGACCACGCUUUUACGCGUGGCACUGAAGGGUGCCAUCUCUUCGUUGUGAUCGCCAUGCACAGGUCUCAAAAAUGGUUACUACGUACACAACAUAGGUCACGAUUUGUGGGGGCUGAGCGUCGGGCGACCUCCGCGCAGAUGGGCUUCGACGGCCUCUUCCUGGGCAGAGUGCACCACCUGGAGCGGCGCUGGAGGGGAAACCUGGACGCGCUGGAGUUCGUGUGGCACGCCGACGAAAAGCUCGAGUGGGAGAUCUUCACCUCCAUUCUGCCCCACCGUUACUCUCCCCCCGGCGUGGUGAACUUCAGAGAAUUCUUUCUCACGGAAGAAAAUAAAGUCAAUGUCGCGCAGGGCUUCAUAGACGCCAUAGAAACCGCACCACAACCUCUUGAUUCUCCGAACGAUGAGUUCCAAGAUGACCCGAGCAAGAAGGGUGACAAACUGGAGUCCACGUCGGGCGAGAGGUGUCAACCAGGCUCCACGGACUGCGAGCCGACGACGUAUCCGGCCGCCACGUCGCGCUACGGAGGAGAGCAGGAAAGACAGCAGACGUCCGCUGCCAGGCAGGCUCCGGAUAUGCCUCCCGUUCAGGCUGAUGUCCAUAAACUCCCCAGGCAGGGGUUUUUCCCCAUGGGCGGCCUCUAUUCCAACGGGUGA